UGCUGUUUAUGAAGUGAAGUUAAUGCAGUGAUUGAAACACCCAACACAUCUAUUUAGAAGGAUUUUAAAAUAAACAUGCUGAGAAACUUGGAUUGUUUGUGAAGAAAUUAUCUACAAUUCAUAAAAUACUUUAUUUUAUCACCUGUGCAGUUUUGUUCUUCGAGUUCUUCAAUAUUUCACCUGGAUUACAAACUCAGCAUAUUUAUUUCACAAAGACGGUGGCUGGAUACUGUCAAUGAAAUAGGGCUGUAACUAUAGCAAGACGUGCUGUCAGAGAGAUACAUUAUUGAUAUUACAGACGGAGGGAUGUAAUUGUUUGCAGACAAGAUAUGCAUAUAAUUUGAUGGAAACAUAAACAUUUAAUGGUGUGCUCCUCUCAAGUCAAGAUCAGCUGAUCAAAAAACUUAACAAAGGAAUUAUUUAUCGAUGAAUAGACAGUGGAGGAUUAUUUCUCGGAAGGAGCAACAGAAAGAAUAAUUUCGUUGAUGGAUGUGAUUAUUUGGGAUAUACUGUGAUUUAUGUGUUGGUAAAUAGAUGUCAGUUUCACCAUAACAAAAUCAAGAUGUCUAUGUAUCGGAGUAUGAACCCACCUCUAUCACCGCGCUUCUCCAACUACAGAACCACAGAUCUACAGACAUUAGCUGACAGGUAUGCUAACACUGGAUCAGACAAGUACAGCUCCUCCUCUACAGGAUCUGACCGGUACACCCAGCCGGACAAAAUUUCUCUGAUUGACCGCAUUCCAAACACUGACCGCUCCCUGCACAGUGACAAGUCCCAAGCUGACAAGGCGAAUGUAGAGCGGUCUUCUUUGGACAAAUAUUCUCUACACUCAACAGAGUCUAAAAACAAAGACCACGAGGAUGACGAUGAGUUUAUCGGAUUUGCCACGCUACCGGACCAGGUCCAUAGGAAGGCAGUCAAGCGAGGUUUUGAGUUCGGACUUAUGGUAGUCGGUGAGACAGGGCUGGGGAAGUCGACACUUAUAAACAGCCUCUUUCUGACAGACCUGUACAAGGACAGAAAGAUACCCAAUGUGGAGGAAACCGUCAAGAAGACUGUCCAGAUCGAGAAGAAGCAACUCGAGAUUGAAGAGCGCGGAGUCAAACUACGUCUCACCAUUGUCGAUACACCAGGGUUCAACGACUCGGUCAAUGGAGAGGAGAACUGGACACCAAUUAUACAUUAUAUUGACAAUCAGUUUGACCAAUACUACCAGGCAGAGAGUGGACUCAACCGUAAAAACAUCCAGGACACUCGUGUCCACUGCUGCCUGUACUUCAUAUCUCCCUACGGACAUGGUCUGAAACCAGUAGAUAUAGCUGUGAUGAAGAGACUACAUACCAAAGUCAACAUUGUUCCCCUAUUGGCCAAGUCUGACAUCCUCACUCCAAAAGAGGUCAAAAGGUUAAAAGCCAAGAUAUUGGAUGAGAUUAAGGAGAAUCACAUUCAGAUCUAUCAGUUCCCCGAAUGUGAUAGUGAUGAGGAUGAAGACUUUAAACAACAGGACAAAGCAUUGAAGGCGGCCAUUCCAUUCGCUGUAGUAGGCAGUAACACUGUAGUGGAGGCGGGUGGCAAGAAAAUCCGAGGACGAAUGUACCCAUGGGGAAUAGUCGAAGUUGAUAACCCAAAACACUGCGACUUUGGCAAGCUGCGACAGAUGCUGAUCAGCACACACAUGCAGGAUCUGAAAGACAUAACAGCUGAUCUACAUUACGAAAAUUAUCGAGCUGAACACCUUGCAGAAGAGAUGAAGAGUUCUCAAAGGGAAAGAAGCAAACUGAAACGGGACUCCAUUGUAAACUUGGAUGCUGUUUCGGAGACAGACAAGUUACUGCAGCAAAAGGAAGCUGAGAUUCAACGGAUGCAAGCCAUGCUCGCCAAAAUGCAAGCACAACUUCAAAGUAAUCAACCGCCAGUCAAUGGGAAAGUUGCCAAUGGCUAACUUCAUGUAUCACAUCAACAUUGAAUUUAUGGCAUAAUCUUUCAUUCUAAUAAGUUUAUGAAGAAAUGUUUUUAAAAAAAAAUGUUAACUUAUUCAAAAGGUUACAUGCCUGGAUGAAUUUGCACCAAAGUGAUGGUUAGAUGGCAUGUAGACUUGACAUAUUCAGCAGAAAUUCAUCAAAGUUUUUCAAAUUAUUCUUCAUCUGGAAACAACUUGUUAGACAAAGUUAUGAAAGAUAUACAGCAAAUGUGAAUAAGAAAUUCAACUUCCCAAUGGAAUCUACUAGGGAAAUAAUUGUGUGGAAGGAGAAAAAAUGAAUUACAACAUAUAUCUGAUGCUUGGAGAGUAUAUUUGUGGAGUUAUCUCCCUUGUUGAAUAUCACAGCUGAGUUGUCUCCCUUGUGGAUUAGUAGAGUGAAGUGAGUUAAGUAUAACACUGGAGUGACAUGUCUUGUCUGACACAACAAUUGUGUUUAUCUCCCCUUUUGGAUACAGUCAAUACUUAUUUCCCUUGUUAGAUAGAGCAGCUGGAUUGUCUCCCUUAUGGGAUACAACAGUUAAAGAAAAUUUUACUCGUGGUAAACAGACAUAAAUUAUCUCCCUUUUGGGAUUGUGCUGUUGAUUAUCUCCCUUGUGGAAAACAGUCGCUGAUUAUCUCCCUUUUUAGCUACAUCAAUGGAAUAUUUAUCUCCCAUUUGGGAUACAGAUGUUGAAUUACUUCUCCUGUAGAGUAGAGCGAUCAGUUAUUUGUCAUCACAUUUAACAAUAAUCAAAUACAUUACUAAAGUUAGCACAGUAUUCCAUCCUUAGUGAAGACCAUCCAGCUCUCAUUUUCAUCUAUAUCUUUUGUUAUUACAAAUAAUUUAUCUGAAAUUAAUGUCAAACAUACAAAUAUAUUAGGUUAUCUGUAAUACAGUAAUAAUGUUAUGCCAUAAAUUCUGAUAAAUAGUAUUUUUACAUGGAUUGAUUUGUUUUCAAUACAAAUUGUUAAAACUAUCCUGUUUCAAAUAUGGCAGGCAAAUUAUAAAGAAAUAUUGAUCCAGUAAUAUAUCACAAUCACUGUUUACAUGUUAGUAAUAAAAGAUCAAGGUCGAUGAGAGUUGGUUGGUUUAGUAUAUUACAUUGACAUCUCUCCUUGAGGUUAAAGGUCAGUAUGGAUGGAUUUGAUUGACUGUUGAAUGUAAGGUCAUGUGAUCAUUGUGCAAUAAUUUCAUUGGAAGAAACUAAGUAGUAUGCAUGUACCUUUUAUGUCUACAUUUGUUUUGAUUGGAUGUUGUUGGUCACAUGAUUGUAAAACUCAUCCUGAUUGGUUGAUUAUGUAGUGACUAAAUGAUAGUAGACUGCAUUUUAUAUAGACUUGUACAGCUAUUAAGAUACACGAUUGUUGGAGGUUUAGUACUGCAUCAAGCUGAUUUCAGUUUUAAAUGCUUUUUAAUAAUAACACAAUAAAAUCAAUGUCAUUCUGAGGUUUGUUCUAACAUUUCAAGUAACAUAAAUUAAGUAACAAACUUUUAGGUGAUGUUAGGUUGUUGAACUGUUGUAUUGAAUUUAAUUUGGACUAAUAUUUCUUAUUAAAUUAAAUCUUUCUUGGAGGAGAGCUAGCUAGAGACCACAAAAAAAAUCUGUUUCUAACGAAAUUUGUCAAGUUUAAGCCUUGGAAUGAAGGCCAAACUCACACUUCCAGUGUACUAAAACGUCUGUAAGAAAUAAAUACAUGUAAUUACUGACAUGCUCCCUACAAAGGGGAAUUUGUACCAAUGUGACCUAAAUGUGUGGUCCCACGAUGUAAAUGUACCAGACCUCUAAUAGUCCUGUAACACAGUAUUACAGGUAUGUAUCAUUUUUUUUAUACAUUUAUCUAUAUAUUGUUAAUUUAUUCCACUUCAUAAUUUUUGUACAUCAUUAUAUUUGAUAGCUCCUGUCACAGCCUAUUUGUUAGAAAUAAUUUUUACAGGUUUAUUUUGAAUAUCAAUUAGAAUUAAAAAUUAUGACAUAAUUAAUUCAUCUUUAUAACUGCAAAGUUGCUUUCCGUUUUUAUAUCUAAUGAGAUCUCAAGAACAUGACAAUUUCCUCUGCCUUAAAAAUGAUCUGAAUCUGAAUGGAUUACUCUUAGCAUGGAUUUUGUAUUUCUUCCUCCUUUGAUCCAACCUUCAUUCUUCAAUGUCUUUAAAUAUUUUGUUUCACUUAAAAUUUUCUACUUGUGACACAACUGUCAUCACAUGCAAAUUACCAUGGAAUGGAAAAUUGAAAAGACUAAGAAUCUAAGAGUCUGUCUCUCUCACAAAACACCAACAGAAAUAUAAAACAAUCAAUGAGCUAUUGCCAGAAGAAGAGUUCCUCUUGUGAAAACUACACAAUAUCAUUAAUGGCGAAAAUGCGAAGGCAAAAACAGAAUUUCAAUCUCACUGUUAUAGUUUGAGGCUAUUGUUCUAAAAACAAUACCAUUUUUAUAUUUCCUGUUGCAUAAAUGUAAGAGAUUUAUUGGUUGCUGAACAGUAGGCCAACUUGACAAAAAGGGGUUGAAUUUACAAGGAUUGAGUGUUAUUAUAAUUAUUAUUAGCACUUUCUGUAUAUUUUUGUGGAACUACAAUUUACGCAUGGGAUUAUUGUCAGUAAAAUAGGGUAUUGGUUAAUAUGUCACAGGGCAGACAGUCGUGGUAGACAUAAACUGUACAAAGAUAAAAUAGAAAAUGUACAUAUAAUAUUUCCCAAUUUAGCUUUGCUCUAUCUUAUUCAUAUCUAUAUGAUUGGUUUACUUUACAUAUGAAAGACUUCAACUGGUUGUUUCAUCUUUGUCAAAAAUGGGUGUCAAAAACUGUUGAAUGUGCAAGGCAUUCAUGAACGUACCAGCUAGGACAAAAAUUAAUGAAUUACCAAGACAUCAGAGUUGCAUAUUUGUACAAUUACUGUACAUAUAUAUAUGUACUUGUUUGCUGUUAGAUAUUGUUGUCCAAUGUACAAUUACUGUAUAGUUGUUUAAUUUCGCGGGGUGAAAAUUUCGCGUUUUUCUGUUCAGUACUAUUUCGCGGGGAGAAAAUUUCGCGCAUUUUCAAUUUCUUACAAACAUGAAUUAUAUAGGGAAAUAGUAGAAAUUAUACUUACGAUGUACACAUUUUAUGCGACUCUAAUAUGAUAUCGUGAAACAGUAGAAACUACAUGUAUACUUACGAUGUACAUGUUCUGCUGAACAAUAUGCUUUAAAUAAAGAUUGUUUAUUAUUCAUUGUCAUAGUGGUCACUCAUCACAAGGUGAAAAAUAUUCACGGGUAUUUAAUUUCGCGGACAUUACCUUUACCGCGAAUAUAGCGAAAUUAAAUCCCCCGUGAAUAAAAGCAACUAUACAGUAAUUUCAAUGUUUGUUUGCUAUUUUGCUAUUUUAAUAUAUGGUUGUAUUUUUAAGUCUUUAUGCAUGACAUUUAGUGAAAUUGGUGAAUUUUUUUCGGUUAUAGCGACAAGAAAUAAAGACGAUACAAAAAUACUAUUGUGGUUUCAUUUUGAAAUCAAAUACGCAUUGGUACCAGAUUAUUUUGACAAAUGGAUUUUAGAAUUAUUCAAACAUGCACUUUGAAAACUGAAAAUCUAAUAGGUCAACUCAAAUUGUACAGAUUUUUCUGCCUAAAUGCAAAAAAUGGAAACCAAAAAUGUUGCAUGUUCUAUAUGAAGCUGAUUGAAUAAGACUAUUACAUUUAUAUACCAGUUUUGUUAACUUUCUUUUAAAAGUAUAAAUUUUGUAAUUUUGCAAGCAUUAUUUUGUAUAUAUCUUCUGCAGUGUGUACAUUUCAACUGUUCCCUAGAUUAUUUAUGCCUUAAUGAUAGCUUAGGCACUUGUGGAACUCUUUAGGAAAAAGAGAUAAAAAUGUCAGUAACUUCCAUGAUGUCUUUGGUCCUGGUAAGUUACUUUGAAACUAGUUUUCUUUGAUUUUGUUUUCGAAAGUUAGUGAUUGAAGAUGAUAUGAGGGAAUGCAGAUGAUGGUCUGUUUAUGUUAAUCAUUGUUCUUUAUAUUUAGUGAAUGUUUCCAUAAGGCAUUUUGGUUUAUCUGAUGAUAAACAGAUAUAAUAUACAAUAAAAUGUAUGUAGUA